AACAAAUACAUUUUAAGUUAAUCAAACGUCAACUCUCAAAGCAAAUAUUUUUUGUAACUAAUACGAGCAAAUUUAAUGUUCGUCAAAGAAUAAUCAUGAUUUUAGACAAUAAAUCAGAAGCUCCUGCUUACUUAAACAAGGAUUUUUUCAAAGCCGCAUUAGAGGAUGGUUUACGCGAAAAACAAAUUGAAAUUAAAAAAAUUAUUUUUAUAGAGUCAAAUGGCGGCGGAGAGAAUUAUUGCAGCAAAAUUUACCGUGCACGGGCAUUAUAUCGUAGUAUUAAACAUCACUCGGAUAAAGAAAUUUCAUUAAUUAUUAAAAGCAUAGCUAUUACGCCAGCUACACAAUUUUUAGAUGAUCUAGAUGUGUUUUUAAGAGAGAAGAUAUUUUAUUUAGACGUUUUGGGAAAAUUGGAAUUAUUGAUUACUGAUGGUUCCAAAUUUGGAGCAAAAUGCUUAUACACAACACGUGAACCGAUGCAAACUAUUGUUUUUGACGAUUUAACACAGUAUGGAUAUAAAUUAGCCAAUCGUCAAAAUGGUUUGAAUGAAGAACAUUGCAUCGUUACUCUAAAGAAAUUGGCAAAAUUUCAUGCUUCAUCCAUGUUUUUACUUAAAAGGGAUGGAGGUAUUAGAGAUCACUUCAGAACUGGAAUGCUAGAUGAAAACUAUGUUCGUACUAGUAAAAGAUUUAUAGAUUUCAUGACAUUAUUAUUGAGAACUUUGGCGGAUUUAGUUAAGACUUGGGAGGGCUACGAAAAUAUAUCGGAGAAACUGCAUAGACACUGUGAUCAUUUAAUUGAAAACUUGGUUCAAACAGGCAAAGAAAAGCCCGGUGAAUUAUUAGUUUUAAAUCAUGGCGAUUUAUGGGUUAACAAUUUUUUAUUUAAAUACGCUGAAAGUCGACCAGAAAAACCCAUUGAUGUCUUAUUUGUUGAUUUUCAAAAUAGUUUCUUUGGAAGCCCAGGCUGCGAUAUAAACUUUUUUUUGAAUAGCAGCGUUCAACUGGAUGUGUUAAUAAAUCGUCGGGACUUUUUAAUUGAAUCAUACUAUGAAACUUUGCGAGAUUCAUUGAGAAGUUUGUACUAUAACCAUAUUCCAACGAUGGAUGAUAUAAAAAUUGAAAUAUACUCACGAGAACUAUAUGGCUUUUUUGCAUCCUACGCCUUUUUACCUAUGGUAGCAAUGAAGAAAGAAGAUUCUCUGGACAACAGUAUUGAAGCAUUUGCAAAUAAAGAGUUUGCGGCUAAAAAGGUUAAACUUAUGUUUACUUCUAACCCUAGAACAACAGAUACUUUAAAGUACACCUUAAAACGCUUCGACGAUUUGAAAAUAUUUGAAUAAUAUUAUGAUUUAAAAUAAUAAAUAAUUUGAAAUUAAUCACGGCUUAAAAAAACAAUAUAUGUAUAUUAUUGAUAUUAAUAAAAUGAAAAAACAUAUGUA